CAAGUGGGAGCUGGGUAUAGGCAGAGGGAAGGGGCCACAUGGGGUGCACUCCAUCUGGGUUCCGGCAGGGUAGACUGGGAAAUGCUGAGGCUGAGGGAUGCAUGGACCCAGUCCAAGGUUAGCCUGGAACGUGUUGGGAGAAACAUUUGCUUCCUGUUUUGGGGACUCUGCCAGUGCCUAUGGUGGUGCCUGUUCAUUGGGCUUGUCUUCCUUCUGAACAUGCAGGCAGCCUCCAUCCCAGACUACCGGGGUCCUAAUGGUGUAUGGACGCUGCUUCAGAAGGGGAGGCGUGUUAGUGCUGCCGAUCUGAGUGAAGCUGAGCCAACCCUCACCCACAUGAGCAUCGCCCGCUUACAUGAGCAGAAGCUGGUGCAGCAUGUGGUAUCUCAGAACUGCGAUGGGCUCCACCUGCGGAGUGGUCUGCCACGUGCGGCCAUCUCGGAGCUCCACGGGAACAUGUACAUUGAAGUCUGCACGGCCUGCAUCCCCAACAGGGAGUACGUGCGGGUGUUCGAUGUGACGGAACGCACCGCCCUGCACCGGCACCAGACAGGCCGGGCCUGCCACAAGUGCGGAGCGCCGCUCCGGGACACCAUUGUGCACUUUGGGGAGAGGGGGACCCUGGGGCAGCCUCUGAACUGGGAGGCAGCCACCCAGGCUGCCAGCAAAGCAGACACGAUCCUGUGUUUAGGCUCCAGCUUAAAGGUUCUAAAGAAGUAUCCACGUCUCUGGUGCAUGACCAAGCCCCCCAACCGGCGGCCCAAGCUCUACAUUGUGAACUUGCAGUGGACCCCAAAGGAUGACUGGGCUGCCCUGAAGCUCCACGGGAAGUGUGAUGAUGUCAUGCAGCUCCUCAUGGACGAGCUGGGCCUGGAGAUACCCCCCUACAGCAGGUGGCAGGACCCCAUAUUCUCCCUGGCGACUCCCCUGCGGGCUGGAGAAGAAGGCAGCCACAGUCGGAAGGCACUGUGCAGAAGUCCAGAGGAGCCCUUGCCGGGAGACCAGGGCGCACCACUUAGCCCGGCCCCAAUCCUAGGCGGCUGGUUUGGAAGGGGCUGCUCCAAGCGCACGAAAAGGAAAAAAGUGACAUAACCGGGCGCCUGACUGAGACCGAUGUGCACUUUGCAGGUGGCUGGAACCCUGAUUCGGGCUAGUGGCUCCCAGAGGCCAGGACUGCCCCGCAGGGCCUCGUGAGAAUUCUUUGGGGGAGACGUUUCACCGGGACAUGCUUAGCCAUUUGUCUUGGUGGGACGCCCCCUUGCACUGCUGCGCUUGCCCCCCGCCCCCCGGGCCUGAGUGUUGACACCCGCCCUGCAGCCUCCUAAAGUGGCGGCGGCCGCGCCUUCCGGGGACACCGGCCGGCCACGUGGAAGCACUUGCUGCCUUACGUCAUUCUCCAGGCCCGUCUCCGGGCUUUGACCCUAUUUCUACUACUUACUGAAAAUGUUGACUUUAUAGGAGCUUUCCUGUGCUGGAAUGCGGCAAGGGGCGGCUUUGAGCCUUGGCGCCCACCAGGCCUUUUAUUAUUAAACCUCC